AUGGCUGAAAGGUUGAAGGAACUUAUUGAUUAUGGGGUAUCAUUAGGUUAUAAGGAAGAUGAUUUAAGAGAAUUUGUAAGAACUCAGCAGGAAAUUGAAAGAGAGGACAGAAGAGCAGAAAGAGAAAGACAGAAAGCAGAAUUAGAAUAUCAACAACAAAAAGAGAAGUAUGACAAGGAAAUGAAACUUCAACAAAUCACCCACCAAUGUGAAAUGGAAAUACUUCAAGCGAAAGGGAAACUGAAGAUUGGUGCAAGUGAUGAGGUAAGUGUAAAAAUAAAAGGACCAAAGAUUCCAGCAUUUGAGGAUGGAAAAGAUGACAUGGAUAGUUAUCUUAGAAGAUUCGAGAGAUACGCAGAAUCACAGAAAUGGCCAAAGUUAACAUGGGCUACAAAUCUCAGCGCACUUCUUAAAGGUAAGGCAUUAGAUGUAUAUGCUUUAUUACCUUCAGAGGAAGCUCUUGACUAUGAUAAGUUAAAAUUAGCUCUUCUUAAGCGCUAUGACCUUACUGAAGAUAGAUUUAAGCGGAAAUUUAGAUCCUCCAGGCCAGAAGAAGGAGCGAAUUCCAAAGUCUAUUCAAGAUAUGGCUCAUUUAGCAAUCAAUACCGAGAAGCAAGGUUGGCUAAUACCUUAACAUUCACUAGCGAUAAGAGCAGCGAAUUUCGCCCACAAAAGAAAGAUCGACAUGAUAAUGACAGUCACAGAAAUAAUAAAGGUGAGAGGAAAUAUCAAGCUAAGUCUUCCUUUAUUCCAAAAUCAGAAAGACGAUGCUAUGUUUGCCACAAGAUAGGCCAUAUAGCGUCAGAAUGUAGAAACAAGUCAAAAGUUAGUUCAGUUACUCAUCAGCAAUCGGAGAAUUAUGUAAAUGAGGAAACUGGAAAAGAUGAACCUGUGGCAAAGAAGCAAAAUAACAUGCCUGUUUCAGCUGGAUAUGCCGAAGGUAAGCCUGUGACAGUUUUGCGGGACACGGGAUGUAGUGGUAUAGUUGUAAGAAAAAGCAAGGUUGGUGAGGAUAAGUUCAUCGAACACAAGUUUCAAACCUGCAUUUUAGCAGAUGGGUCUUCAGUCAAGGUACCUGUUGCAACUAUUUCUAUCGAUACACCAUAUAUUACAGGAACUUUCGAGGCGUGGUGUAUGGAUAACCCCAUUUAUGAUCUCAUCAUCGGCAACGUCGAUAAGGUAAGAUCACCUGAUGAUCCAGAUCCGCUUUGGACUGAAGCACAUGCAGUAGAGACUCGCCAACAAGUCAAGAAUAAACAGAAACCAUAUCCACAACUGAAAGUCCCUGAGAUUGUGAAGGACAAUAUAAGACCAAAUGAUAUUAGGACUGAACAGGAGAAUGACGAAACCCUUGGAAAGAUUCGCCAAUGGGCAGCGGCAGAUCAAGAGCUACUCAAACGGAGAGGUAAAAUACGCUGGUUCCUGAAAAACGGAUUAAUCUACCGUAAGUAUCAAUCAACAGAUGAAAACGGUAAGAUUUUUAUUCAGCUUGUAGUACCACAGAAAUUUAUAGAUGUUGUAAUGAAAUUGGCGCACGAAUCCAUUAUGUCAGGACAUUUAGCCACUUGUCGCACAACAUCUAGGAUUCUUACAGAAUUUUAUUGGCCCGGAAUACAGUCUGAUGUUAAGCGAUUCUGUCGUUCAUGCGAUAUUUGUCAGAGAACAGUGCAUAAAGGCCGAGUUACCAAGUAUCCCUUGCAGAAGAUGCCUCUCAUAGACGAAGUGUUCAAAAGGGUCGCAGUAGAUAUAGUUGGACCAAUCCACCCGGUCACAGAUAAGGGAAACAGGUAUAUACUCACUUUAGUUGAUUUCGCAUCUAGGUAUCCAGAAGCCAUUCCUCUAGCAUCAAUAGAAACUGAGAGAGUUGCAGAGGGACUCCUAGACAUCUUCUCAAGAAUGGGUAUACCUGACGAAAUACUAAGUGACAUGGGGAGUCAGUUCACCUCAGCACUCAUGAGAGAGGUAAGCCGUUUGCUUUCAGUCAGACAGAUAACAACUACACCUUAUCAUCCUAUGACGAAUGGUAUGGUCGAAAGAUUUAAUGGUACCCUCAAACAAAUGCUGAAACGUGUCUGUGCAGAUCGUCCACGAGAUUGGGAUAGGUAUAUCAAUCCUGUUUUAUUUGCGUAUAGGGAAGUCCCACAAGAGAGUUUAGGGUUUUCCCCGUUCGAGAUAGUCUUUGGUAGGUAUGUCAAAGGACCGAUGAGUAUCUUAAAAGAACUGUGGACCAGAGACAUCGAUGAUCCUCAGGUAAGGACAACUUAUCAGUAUGUCUUAGACUUAAGGGAACGACUAGAAUCGACAGCUGAGCUAGCAAGAGAAAACCUGGAGAAAGCAUCCAGAAAACAGACGAAAUACUACAACAAAUCGGCAAGAGCUAGAAAUUUGAAAGUAAAUGACAAAGUAUUGGUUCUUUUACCGACAGAUUCCAAUAAAUUAUUACUGCAGUGGAAAGGCCCCUUCAACAUCAAGAAGAAGGUGAACAAGGUAGAUUACCAGAUCAGCAUGGGAGGUAAGUUGAAAACAUUUCAUAUCAACAUGUUGAAGAAACACCUUGAUAGGAAUACUGUUCGAGAAGAUUCGAAUCAUGAGGUCAACGCAGUUGUCAGCUCCGCUGUGACUGAUUGUACAGCAGAUGAACAAGAAGAGACAGACGAUAUUCCGAGUGCAGGGAAUACGGAGGGACCGGAAAGCGUCGAUAUUAAUCCAGAACUGUCAGAUGAUGAUCGACGGAGGGUAAUUUCACUCUUGAAUCAAUUUUCAGAUGUUCUUUCUGACAUUCCAGGGUACACCCACUUGAUUGAACGUGAUAUCAAAACUAAUUCAGAUCAACCAAUCAGAAGUAAGUCGUACUCAGUACCGUUUGCAAUGAAAGAUAUAGUGGAUAAAGAGGUUGAGAAAAUGCUUGAGUUGAACGUUAUUGAACCUUCAGAAAGUCCUUAUUGUUCACCAAUUGUACUUGUUAAGAAAAAGGACAAUACAUUUCGUUUUUGUGUCGAUUUCAGGGCUGUAAACUCCUGUUCUCAAUUUCACGCUGAACCAAUGCCUAACGCUGAAGAAAUUUUCUCGAAGUUUGCUAAUCACAAAGUAUUUUCCAGACUUGAUUUGUCCAAAGGAUAUUGGCAGCCACUUACUGCAUCUUCAAAGCCAAAGACAGCCUUUCAAACACCCAAAGGUUUGUUUCAGUUCCGAGUUAUGCCGUUUGGAUUGGUAACAGCUCCAGCGACAUUCUCAAGACUUAUGCGUAAGUUACUUUAUGGUAUGCAGAACAUCGACAAUUUUAUUGACGAUGUCAUCAUCUUCACACUUGAUUUAGAUCAGCACCUGAAGAUACUUGAAGAACUCUUCAAUAAGUUGAGAGAUGCUAAUUUGACAGCCAAACCGUCAAAAUGCUCGAUAGGAUACAGCAGUUUGGAAUGUCUUGGACACAUUGUAGGUGAGGAUAGACUAAAACCACAUCCUGAAAAGACAGAUGCGUCAGAUGGUGGUAUUGGUGCCGUUCUUUUGCAGCUAGACAAUGAAAUUGGAUUGAAACUUCCAGUAGCAUACGCUAGCCGAAAACUGAAACCGAGCGAAUGUCCCGAGAGAGGGAAUGCGUACAUGUCGUACCAGGAACCCACUGAAGUCGAAUUCCAGUGA